UUGGAUUUGUAUCCCAGUUGAACGCAGAGAGCGAGAACUCUGUCAUUGGUUGUAUAACCGGAAAUCAAGCAAAAACUCUUAAUGCAGCCAUUAAUGGGAUGCUGGAAGCUACGCCUUUUGUCGAGCUUAUGAAAACACUUUCUAMMAACGUGGAAGAAGCAGCAAUGAAUAGACUMGAGAAAUGCUUUGAGAAGGAGAAAGUAUURCACAAAAUGUCCUGCAUGGUUCUCGAAAAUUUUGGAGGAGACGGCAGCGCGGUUAUGAAACAGUUCGAGCAAUACAAGAAAAGCCAAAAGGUUGGAUUUCAGAACGCUUAUGACACGGUUCUCAAUCCUUUGAUUCAGAGUGCCCAAAGAAUCGAAUCUAAAAUAACUGAAGGAAAUGAAAGGCGAUUAAUUCAAAUGCACAUAUCAUCAAGUUUUAAGGAUAUAUGGCUGACGAUAAGACGCAUUCGUCAGGAACAUGAAAAAACCCUGCAGUCGAUGGAUGUUUUCCUACAAGAUGCACUUGUACAGAAGGUGGCCAGUAUUUCGUGUUACGUGAGGAAAGGAAACGCUGGUAAUAAAUAUUCAUAUAAGAGCGUGAAAAGUGAUUUGCGAAGGACUGACGAAGUUAUCAACGUUGAUAAGCUGAUUUUCUUGUACUACAAGGUUCUGGCUAAGACCGACCUUAUAUACCAGCACAACGAGUACUUGAGAAACUACAUUAUCGGCCAGGCCGCUUUUGCAAUACACAAUACAAAGCUCGAAAGAUCAUUGACCUUUGAUAGUGACGAUAGAGAUGAAGCUGAAAGGUACGAGAGUUUUUCUGAGCUGAAAACAAGCAGUGCGAUCAGGGAGACGGCCAAGCUUAUCCGUGAUGGCCUGGCCGUGGGAUAUGAUGAAGCGAAAACAUACUCAACAAGUGUGAAUACAACCCUUGAUUCUUUUAAAGAAGGUUUUGGUGGAUUCGACUCAAUAUCWAUCAAUCAAAAUUGUGCUAAAGUCAGAGAUCUCACUAUUCUGAGUGCAAGYAUGUAUGUAAGCACCUUYCAAAUGCUCCAGGAAUUAGGUCUUUCGAAACUUGCGUCUGAAUAUCGGGAUAAAGUUCAAAACUUYUACACCGAUAACAUCUUGACAGCGAUGAAUACUUAUUCAGUACAACCAGCCAUUAAAUUGAUUUUGCAAAGUUUGCCACCACAGUAUGCCGGCUCAAUGAACCCUAAUGUCAGAMAGAUUGAUGAUUUCUUAAACAAGUUUGUCGCCACCCCUAUUGGAGGGAGUGAUAUCAACAGUUUCAAUGUGACAUUGGGGAAAGUUUCCAUACAUCUGCAGAAAUUACUCGAUGGAUUUCGUUGCUACAGAAAGAUUUUCCAGGUCAUGGGGAACAUCAUACAAGGUUGUAAAGAUGGUCGCAAAGGUUUCGAAGAUCUCUACAACGAACACUCCACUAAAGCAGACCUCGCCAGCACAAAGUGUACAGAAAUGGCCUUAAUGGAGACCCCGACAAAAGAGCAAAUUCAGCAAAUCGUCAACGCUGCCGCUAAAKAAUUCAACUUCAAUGCCAACUGCCAGCAAAAUCAGCAAAGCGAYGACCCGGGSUACAUCUAUGACGAUGGGUUAAACUAUGAAGAUGAAGGKGAUGACACUGGKAGACAGUCUCGCCUAAGUACCUCCCAAAGGUUCAUGGUUUGCGAUCUUAGGAAAAAGUAUUCAAAACCAAACAGUGAGAUCGCUGGGAUGAUUAAAAGAGAUAUUAGUAUGAUAAAUGCUGUCAGGUGCAUGAGCAAGCAAGCAUGAGUAUCCGCUGGUUAAGUGUUAUGACAUGUUCACAUG